AACCAACACAAUUUUUAGCCUCCUCAACUCAAUUAUAAAGCAACCCAUCGCCUCUAGUUAAUUAAUCAGAAGACUAAUAGCUAGCCAUGGACAUUCUUCUUCUCUUCCCAACUGCAGUUACUGGUUUCUUUGCAUUUCUAUUGUUUCUAUAUUCUUUGUUAUGGAUAUUUAGGCGUGUUCAAAAAAAUUCAAGCAAUAAUGUUGCAGUACCAGAACCUGGUGGUGCAAGGCCUUUGAUUGGCCACCUCCACCUCUUAGGAGGCCCAAAACCUGCACAUAUCACAUUGGGAAACAUGGCUGACAAGUACGGUCCAAUCUUCAUGAUCAAGAUGGGUAUCCAUCGGGCUUUGAUUGUAAGUAAUUGGGAGAUUGCCAAAGAGUGUUUUACUACCAAAGAUAAAGUCUUUUGCAAUCGCCCAAAAUCUCUAGCCUCAGAGAUCUUAGGCUACAACUACGCUAUGAUCGGCUUGAGUCCUUAUGGUCCUUACUGGCGCCAAAUCCGCAAGAUAGCCACGCUGGAAAUUCUCUCAAACCACCGCCUCGAAAUGCUCAAACAUAUCCGAGAAUCUGAAGUGAAGGCGUCUGUAAAAGAAAUAUAUGAUCUAUGGAUGAAGAACAAAAAGAAUAAGGUAUUGGUGGAGAUGAAGAGAUGGUUUGGCAAAGUAACAUUAAACGUUGUUUUAAGGAUGGUUGUGGGUAAAAGUUUCGUUGAGGGUACAACAAAGGAAGAGAGUGAAGAGAAUGAACACAGCAGAGAAGCGCUAAGGGAAUUUUUCGAAUUAACGGGGGCAUUUCCACUUGCAGAUGCACUACCGUUUAUGAGGUGGGCGGAUUUAGGAGGACAUGAGAAGGCCAUGAAGAAGACAGCAAAAGAACUUGAUGAAGUUGUUGAAGGGUGGUUAAAGGAACAUAAGCAGAAGAGAAGCAUAAGUGAGGUGAAGGGUGAGAAUGAUUUCAUGUACAUGAUGCUGUCCCUUCUUGAUGAAGCUCAAGAGCUUCCCAGUUAUGAUGCCGAUACCAUCAACAAAGCUACCUGCCUGGCUAUGAUAUUGGGAGGCACAGACACAACAACUGUUACACUCACAUGGGUUGUGGCUUUACUACUCAACAAUCGUCAUGUCUUGGAAAAAGCCCAAAAUGAAUUAGAUACCCACGUUGGUAGAGAAAGGCUAGUGCAAGAGUCAGAUAUUAAAAACUUGGUUUACUUCCAAUCUAUCCUUAAAGAAACAUUACGUUUGUAUCCGGCAGCCCCACUGUCUGUGCCACAUGAAUCCUUAGAAGAUUGCAGCAUUGGUGGGUACCAUGUGCCAGCCAGAACGCGCCUUUUCGUCAAUCUGUCAAAGCUUCAUCGAGAUCCAAAAGUUUGGUGCAAUCCUUGCGAGUUUCAACCCGAAAGAUUUCUUACGACGCAUAAAGAUUGUGAUGUCCGGGGCCAAAAUUUUGAAUUGUUGCCAUUUGGUAGUGGUAGAAGAGUGUGUCCGGGAAUCUCUUUCGCCCUUCAAGUUAUGCAACUCACACUUGCUCAUUUGCUGCAAGGAUUUGAAUUUGCAACCCCAGGUAAUGAACCAAUUGACAUGGUUGAGGGAAUUGGAUUGACAAACUUAAAGGCCACCCCGCUUGAGGUCCUUCUCACUCCACGACUUCCUGCUCACAUAUAUCAAUAAAUUAAAAAUAAAUGCUUGUGGUAUCUGUUUUAUGCAAUAUGGGAUGUUUUUAUCUUGUUCUACUGUCUACUGUAAUUGAAAUGGAGUGGUUUCAUGAUCCAUUAAAUUCAGGGUUAAGCAAUAAAUCGUUGACUAGAAA